AUGGACUCAGUUGAAAAUAAAGGAGAUAAUGGAAAUGGAGAGACUUCAAUGGUUAAAAAAGUAGAAGGUACUGAAGGUGUGGACGAAAAUGGAGUAAAAUAUAUAAUAUAUGAAGAAAGUAGUGUGGAAAUUACCGAAAAUGCUGAAGAGUUAGAUUUAAAUCAUCAAAGACUGGAUAAAAUUGAAAACUUUGAACACAUGCUAAACCUUCGUUCUUUAUGUCUUCGUUGGAACCAUAUAAAGGCAAUUGAAAACAUUCAAAUGCUUGUUUCGCUUAAUGAACUUGAUUUAUAUGAUAAUCAAAUAACUAAAAUUGAAAAUCUGUCCAGUCUUAUAAACUUAAAAGUUCUUGAUUUAUCGUUUAACCGUAUAAAAGAAAUUGAAGGUCUUGAACAUUUGAUCAAUUUAGAAAAAUUGUAUUUAUCCAGUAAUCGAAUAACUAAAAUUACAAAUGUUAAUCAUUUGUUAAAUCUACAAAUGUUAGAAUUGGGAGAUAACAAAAUUAAGACAAUUGAAAAUAUUGAAUGUCUCACUGGUCUUACAGAGCUAUACUUUGGAAAAAAUAAAGUUGAUAAAAUACAAAAUUUAGACACAUUGAUUAACUUAAAAAUAUUAAGCUUACAAAAUAAUAGUUUGACCAAAAUUGAAAAUCUUAACAAGUUGAUAUCACUGGAUGAAUUGUAUCUAUCUGAAAAUGGUAUUACAGUAAUUGAGAAUCUUGAAGAUAAUAUUAAUCUUGGAACUCUAGAUUUGUCUAUGAAUAAAAUUUCCAAAAUUGAAAAUAUAACUCAUUUACAAAAAUUAAAAGAACUUUGGAUCAAUGACAACCAAAUAAAUGAUUGGAAUAGUGUUCAAAUUUUGGAAAAUUUGAAGAAACUUGAAACAAUAUACUUGGAACAUAAUCCAUUAAUCAAAGACAGUGCUUAUAGAAGGAAAAUUAAAUUAAUUAUGCCGUGGAUUGCUCAAAUUGAUGCUUCAUUGGCUCGAUAA